UAAGGGGAAAUAGUCCCUCCUGAUUGCGCGUAUCAAAUGUUUUCUUUUCUAACAAAAUUUCGAAGCCGUUCCAUAGUAUUUCAUUUUAUCAGUGUGUGAGUAACAGGGAAAAUCAUGGCCAUUAAGCUCUACUUAUGGAGAGGAUAUUUGCAUAUAGCAUUGCUCACUGGACUAGUAGGGACUUCGUCAUCCAAUAUGUGUAAACAAGUUCAGCAAUCUUCAACUAACGGUUCGUUUGUCGCGAGUCUUGGUUGUGAUGAUGACAUGGAGACCUUUUCUCUAACAAAUGAUGGCGUUAAGGAGUCGUGGUUUGUUGAGCUGGAUAGUACUUACAUAAUCCAUUGGAUAUUCGUCAGCAUUGAUACUGAAGCGGAGUAUGAAAUGUAUGUUGAAAAUACUAAUGAUGUAAGACCUUCGGAGAACCUCUGUCUACCCGAAGGAAAUAAACAAAGAUCACUUCAACAACUGAUGACAUGUGGAAAUCCUUAUUCUGUCAUUGGGAAGGCGAAUAGAAUUGUUAUUCGUCAGAUAGGAAAUGGGUCAUUGAAACUAUUUGAAGUUAAACCUUUAGGACUAUCUCGUUUUAAUCAAACGAUGAUACUGAAUUCUACGGAUUCCGAUGUUGUAGACGGUGACACGGAUACAUAUUACCAUUCAAUAGAAAAUGCCCAGGCUUCUUGGUCCAUGAAACUGAAUAAAAACUAUGUGAUGAAAUGGAUACUUUUAUCAAUUAGGGGAGGAGAUUGUGAUGUACACGUUAAAGAUGGUGACCUAACAACAAGCACGUCCACACUGUGUAGGAAUUUCAGUUUUACCGGACCAAAUUACUUAAAGAAAAACAACAAGGCCUUGGAAUGUUACACAGAAAUGACAGGGGAUACAAUUGUAAUAAUAAGAACUGAUGGUAGAUCAUUGAGGCUGUUUGAAGUGUACCCCAUCAUAUGUACCGAAAACCACUACGGACCAAACUGCGCUAAAUGCAAAGCAGAGUGUAUAUCCUGUAGUCCUAUCACUGGUGUAUGUUACCAAUGUCAUGGGCCGUUCUACGGCGACGUGUGUCAGCACACAUGCCCGGCAAACUGUUUGAACUCGAUGUGUGACCAGAGGACAGGUGUAUGUGAAGGAUGUCAUGGCGCGUUCUAUGGUGACCUUUGCCAGUACAGCUGCCCAUCAAACUGUUUGAACUCUAAAUGUGACCAGGCAAACGGGACGUGUGAUACCUGUAAUGAAGGUUACCAUGGAAUGAAUUGUGAAUUGCUGAUAACCACGAAUUGGAAAACCGAGAUGGUUACAGACAACACCUUCACUAACGGGGACACACCUAACACAAAGAAAAUAGACGUCAUGCAUGUAAAAGAAAUAUUCUCGGAAAGAACACCCAAAAGUUGUAAUCGUUCUUGCAUCACAUGUAAUCCUGCGGUUCAAGUUUGUCUGUUCUGUACCAUGUAUCAGCUGUUUGACACAUGUCGGUAUAAAUGCAACGAGAUCUGCUCCGGAGACACUUGUCAUGACUUGGAGGAAAACUGCACAAGGAACAUUGUGGAGAAGAAAGACUACCUUGAUUGUAGUAAGAUUUGUAUUGUACAAGAAUCACAAUCAAAUCUUUUCGCAAACUGGAGUUUGAACUACUGUAACGAUACUUAUGUUUGGGUAUAUAUUCAUUUAAUUGAUUCUUAGGUGAUUAAUUUGUUUUUUCCUUCUAAUUCUAGGCUUAUCAAUAAAUUACUAUAUCUUUAGUCCAUUGAAUAUAAUCUCGUUUUACAUAUUUGAACACCUUCUCAAAACGCAUCAUGCUUUUGGAAGUUGUAAUAAUGGAAAAGUUUCGUGGAACGUCUUAAAUUCGAAUGUCUUCGGUAGUUUUAUUGUACUUUAUGUCCUUAUAAAACAUUAUUUACUUACGCUUGGAAAUUGAGUAUACUCCUUUUAUGCGUAAUGUUUUGAAUACGUUAGGGAUCGCGUUACUUUUCGUAUAUUGUUCCUGGCAUUAAACAACGCCUGGUGGUCCGUAGAAACAAACAACAACAGGUAUUUAACCAUUUCUCACAAGAAAGAUGUACUUUGCCAUAAAAAGAGUGCAUAUUUGUUUGAUGAACUACUAUUAGAACUUACAAUAAGGAAUCCUUGGACUAAUGAGUUCAUGCUUUUCUAUGCUCUAAUGUAUAUAAUUGCUUUUAUCCAAUAUAGAUGGAAAGAGUGACAAAAAUAUAUUUACUUUACUUUGCUAUACUUUCCAAUCUUUUUUUUAUUUUUUUUUUAUUUUAUGUAGAAACUUGAUGUAGUUAGAAAUUGUGCACUGCUCUCUGCAAAUAAUAUAUUAGGAAUGUUUUGGGGAUCAUUACCAUACUUUAGACUUGCAAUUCGACGGAAUGUAAAAACUGAAAAGUAAUCAACUAUUUCAUACAUUGCUAUAGGAUCUCAGGCUGCCUGAAUGCGUCAAUUGGACUCCAAAAUUGGCAAGCAAAUCUCCUGUGAAUGGGGCAGCAUCUGUUUGGUGGACUACUGUAAUUCUUCUAUAUUGCACUGAGGGCGUUCAGCAGAAGAAGGAACCAAUGCAAAGGAAUUUAUUCAUGUGAACACAAUUUUACACCGAUAAAAUGUAUCCAGUACUCGCCAGACAAGGAAGUGGACAUCGGUCCUUAGACCGCCAGACUGGAUGUGUUUGACUACUACGUUCUGAUAUAUGGUUGGCAAAUGACAUGUGCUUCUAUUUUAUCUCAACACUGAAUUUGUAACACACAUCAUAGUGUGUUGUCAUUUAUAACACUCUAAAAAAAUAUUAUUUGUCAAUAUUGCAAGAGAUUAGAAAAUCAGCAUGUAAAAUUUCAUAAUCGAAAGAAAAAAAGUGUGCGAAUUCCA